AUGACCACGACGCUUAUAGUCGUCACCGCUGCUUCGCAAGCUGCAACGUUCACUUGCGGCACAGACGGAACCCUGUCACCGCUGAACUUAGAAAAAACCUUCAAGGGUGAAUCAUGCCAAACCGAGGAACAGCUGCAGGAAAUGUUCGAGCAAGGCGAGCUUGUCGAGAGCGGAAUGACAGGAAGUAGUCCGAUCUACACACUCUCAGUAAAUGAAAUGCCUAAGUCUGGCACGUCGCUCUGCUACAAGUGCACAUACAGCAAACAGCCCCAUGUGCCUAUGCCAGAAAACAAUGACUGCAAAGUGAUCGUGAAGGUCUCCGCAGCGCUGCCGGCUACAUCGACGUCCACCUCGGAACCAAAAGCGGCGGCGGCGACAAAGAUCGAGUCUCAUCUUCUAGGGGUCAUGCUCCUCGGUCUAGCUGCACAGAAGUUCUUCCAGACACUUUAG